AUGGAGUCAUUGAAGUAUCCGUCCCCUGAGACUAUUAAAAGAACUUGUAAGAAGAAGAGGCUAAUACCAACACCUAAUUCGUGCUUCUUAGAUGUAAAGUGUGGAGUUUGUGAGAAGAAGACUAUUAUUUUCUCUCAUUCACAGUUAGCCAUCUCAUGCAAGAACUGUAACACAGUACUUGCUAAGCCGACUGGUGGGAAGGCUAGACUAACCGCUGGUUGUCGUUUUAAAGUCAAGGCGGCUUACUAA